AUGCCUUCAUGCCUCCUCAUGUUGCCCGACAAGAUACUACUCUCGCUGGUUAUUUUGUCCCCAGAUCAUGAGCCAAAUUCUUCUGAGCCGUUUAGGACUUGGUCGGAAAUUAAGAUAUGGGACGAACCUGACGUGUUCAAGCCAGAGAGACACCUUGAUGAACACGAUAGGGACUCUAUGGGUGUGACUCUGAUGGAACCGGACAUGCGGUUGGUGAUAUUCAGCACUGGUCGGCGUGGCUGCGCAGGUACUAAGAUUGGAGCAUCUAUGACCAUCAUGUUGUUAGCCAGACUUCUCCAAGGAUUCGCGUGGGCUCUCCCUAUUGGUGCAAGUCAAGUCGAGCUCAUCGCUGCAAAGAGCAACUUGUUCAUGGCCAAGCCUCUACUUGCAUCUGCGAAACCUAGGUUGGCUCCUGGUUUAUAUCCGAAAAUCCAGAUCUAA